AGGCAUUCGUCAAUGUUCUUCAAAGAAGCUGAUAUUGCUAUUGGAGAUAUUGUAUUCUUCAAAAAAGGUGACAGAAAGAAUGGUGAUCAAUUUAGUGAAGCAAUUGCUGAUGUUGCACUGGAAUCUGUUAUACAUGUAGCAUUACUAUAUGAAGAUACCCUUCAAUGGGUGAUACAUGCUAGUCGAGAAUCUGGUGUUUGCCAAGAACUUCUAAAGGAUGUCAUAGAAAAAUUGAAUCCGGAAAGUUUCGAGGUAUAUCGAGCUCAGGUAUCACAAACAGUUCGUAUUAAUGCAUGUAAAUGGGCAAAAUCUAAAGUUGGUGCUAAUUACAAUGAUAUUUUCUCACCUGAUAUGCGUGAUUCGAAAGGUAGUGAAGCGUUCUAUUGUUGUCAAUUAUUAGUGAAAUCAUAUGAAGCUGCUGGUAUCAAUGAUUUUUGUCCAAUACAUCAAUUAACAUUCAAUGAUUCAACUGGAAAACUUUUACCCUUUUGGGAGAAAUAUUAUCAGGAACGAUCAUUACCAAUACCACAAGGUCUACAAGGUUCACAUCCUGCUAAAUUAAUCCAAUCUAAAUAUUUAAAACUUCAUUUCGUUAGAUUUCGCAUGCCGUUGAUAAAAUUUGUCGUUCCGAAGACAAUCGAUAAUGCAUUACAUUUUAUAAAUGGUGCUCGUGUUGCACUUAAAGCAACCAAACAUUUCGAUAUUUAUCAACCAAGAAAUGGUGAGAUAUUAGCACGUUGCGGUUGUGCUAAUACCGAAGUGAUUGAUGAAGUGGUUAAGGAAGCGUAUGAAGCGCAGAAAUUCUGGGCAGAUUUAAAUAUUCAACAACGUGGAACAGUUUUACUUCAGGCAGCUUCUAUUAUACGCAGUGUUGAGGAUCAACUAGCAUAUUGGGAAACAAUUGACUGCGGUAAAGCAAUUAAAGAAUCACGAUGGGAUAUGAUUGCUGCUGCUGAUACUUUCGAAUUCUUUGGCGGUGCUAUGCAUAAUAUUGCUGGUAAUCAUUUCCCAUUAAGUAAAGAUAAUUAUGCAUAUACGGAACGUGUACCAUGGGGUAUUGUUGGUGCAAUUGGUGUUUGGAAUUAUCCGAUGCUAACUGCAUCAUGGAAAAUUGCACCAGCAUUAAUGUGCGGUAACGCUGUGCUCUACAAACCGUCACCUUUUGCACCUGUAACUGGUGUACUGUUGGCUCAAAUCCUUCAAGCCGCUGGUCUUCCUGAUGGUGUACUAUCCGUUUUGCAGGGUGAAGGUGAAACAGGUCAAGCGAUAUGCGAACAUGGUGGCAUUAAUAAGGUCUCAUUUACUGGUAGCACCGCAACUGGAUCUAAAAUCCUCGGAUCAUGUAGUUUAUUUGGUCGAAUUAAACCGGUAACAUUGGAAUUAGGUGGAAAAAGUGCGAUGAUCGUUUGUGAAGAUGCGGAUAUUGAUGUCGCUAUUACGGGCGCCUUUAUGGCCAAUUUUUUCUCUCAAGGUGAGGUAUGUUCGAAUGCAUCAAAAGUUCUCGUACAUAUAUCAUGUUACGAAGAAUUCCGAAAAAAAGUUAUGGAACAAACGAAAAAUUUGGUGGUCGGUGAUCCGUUAUUGAAGGAGACAAAAAUAGGCGCCACAAUCUCUCGUGAACAUUUGAACAAAGUUAAAGCUUACAUUGAUGAAGCCGUACAAGAGGGUGCCAAAUUGUUAUGUGGCGGUGACGAAGUAAUAGUUAAAGGUCUCGAAAAUGGUUAUUAUUUAUCGCCUGCUGUUUUGGAUUCCAUUACUGAGCAAAUGAGAAUUUAUAAGGAGGAAGUGUUUGGAGCUGUCAUGUUAAUUAUUCCAUUCCAGAAUAACGAGGAUGCUAUCCGUAUGGCAAACGAUACACCUUAUGGACUUGCUGCUGGUGUUUUUACAAGGAACUUACAUCUGGCAUAUUCAUUGGCUUCAAAACUUCAUGCUGGCAACGUUUAUGUAAAUACAUACAAUAUCACAAAUCCAAUGAUACCUUUUGGUGGCAUGAAACAGUCAGGUUUCGGGCGUGAAAAUGGUAUAGCAGCUCUAGAAGCUUUUUCACAGCUAAAAAGUAUAUAUGUCAAUGCAUCCGAGAAGUUGGAUAAUCCAUUUCUGUAAUUGGAAAUAAUAUUAAAUUUUUUCUUUCAUCUGAAUAAAG